AACAACCGCGUCGCCCAUGCCUACAUCAAGCAGAGUUUGAUGGUGAACCUGUCCCGUUGGUUCCGCUACAUCGAGGAAGCAUACCCGCAGCAGACGAAGCUACCCGAGCGCCCCGCGAAGAAAAGUGGCGCGGCCGAGGAAAAGAACGAGAAGAGCGAUGCGGCCAACUACAACAUUGGCCUGCAGGAUACUGAGCACGGCGUCGUGACCCGUUUCCCCCCCGAGCCCUCAGGCUACCUUCACAUCGGUCACGCCAAGGCCGCCUUGCUGAACGACUACUUUGCGCACGAGAAGUACAAGGGCACUCUUCUCCUCCGUUUCGACGACACCAACCCCUCCAAGGAGAAGCAGGAGUUCCAGGAUGCCAUCGUCGAGGAUCUUGCUCUUAUGGGCAUCACCCCGGACAAGACCAGCUACACUAGCGACUACUUCCAGGAGCUCUUCGACUACUGCAUUAAGCUGAUCAAGGAUGGUAACGCUUAUGCCGACGACACUGCCCAGGAGCAAAUGCGCGCGGAGCGUAUGGACGGCAUUGCCAGCGGAAGGCGCGACAGCUCCGUGGAGGACAACUUGGCUCGCUUCGAGGAGAUGAAGAAGGGCACCGAGGAGGGCGUCAAGUGGUGCAUCCGGGCCAAGAUGUCCGUUGACGACCCCAACAAGGCCCUCCGUGACCCCGUCGUGUACCGCUGCAACCCCGAGUCGCACCACCGCACCGGCGCCACCUGGAAGAUCUACCCCACGUACGACUUCUGCUGCCCCAUUGUCGACUCGCUCGAGGGCGUCACGCACGCUCUGCGUACCACCGAGUACAAGGACCGCGACGCGCAGUACCAGUGGUUCAUCAAGGCGCUCCAGCUCCGCAACGUGUACAACUGGGACUUUGCGCGCAUGAACUUCAUCAAGACGCUGCUGUCAAAGCGCAAGCUGACCAAGUUCGUCGACACGGGCUUCGUGUGGGGCUGGGACGACCCGCGCAUGCCGACCGUCCGCGGCAUCCGCAGGCGCGGCAUGACGAUCCCCGCGCUGCGCGAGUUCAUCCUGAAGCAGGGCCCCAGCAAGAACAUUGUCAACCUGGACUGGACCACGUUCUGGGCCACGAACAAAAAGUACAUCGACCCCAUUGCCGGCCGCUACACGGCACUCGCGUCCGACAACAAGGUCCCUGUCACGAUUGUCGGCUUUGCCCACCCGGGCCCUUACACGGAGGAGAAGCCGCUGCACGCCAAGAACGCCGACGUCGGCAUGAAGAAGGUGACGUACAGCGCGGAGAUUCUGCUCGAGCAAGCCGACGCGCAAGGCUUCGUGCAAGACGAGGAAAUCACGCUCAUGAACUGGGGCAACGCGAUCGUGCGCAAGGUCAACCACUCAAUCAACCCGGUGCACCUGCUGAAAGACACGCAAGACAAGCCGGUGACCAGCGUGGAGCUGGAGCUGCACCUGCAGGGCGACUUCAAGAAGACGUCCAAGAAGCUCACCUGGCUCAGCACGGCGCAGGACCUUGUCCCCGUCGAGCUCGUCGACUUCGACUUCCUCAUCACUAAGGACAAGCUCGACGAGGACGACAACUACGAGGACUUCCUCAACCCCAAAACCGAGAUCCGCACCCAGGCUCUCGCCGACCAGAACGUCGCCAAGCUCAAGGUCGACGACGUCAUCCAGUUUGAUCGCCGCGGCUUCUUUAGGGUCGACAAGGCUUUCCAGCAUGGUCAGCCCGCCGUCUUGUUCCAGAUCCCGACGGGCAAGUCGAAAUAAGCUGGCCUGCGGUAUGAGUGACGAUGCGCU